GGUAGGGCCGUGUUCGGGGAACAUGUAAAAGUGUAAGGAUUCUUUUUCCAAAAGCACCCCCCUCACACAAACACACCAACACGUCAGUGAAACUUUGUUGUGACUUGAAGCUUUGCGACACGUAACAAAGUGAUAAAAGUUUAAAUGUCAGUUCAACUUCGCGGCCACCUGUUAGGUUCAACAAGACCUCCAGGAGAGAGAAAAAAAAGAAAAUAAAUUCAAUUGUAAUUUCGUUUUGUGAGUGAAUAAAUGCCAACCGUGAUAACAAAGAGUUAAGUUUCAACAGAGGACCUCUCAAGAAAAUAAGGACUACAACCUCGGCACAGCAGAUGACAUCUAAGUGUUAAAAUAUCACCAAGUAGGCCCUAGGAACUCAUUGUGCGUCCGAUUGUUUCUGUGGUCAACGUGGAGUCCUCUUUCCUCAAUGCAUCUACCAUCCCCUUAUGACCUGGACAUUCACCACGAUCGCCAGAGUUUAUCAAUCAAUAACAUUAAGAAUAGCCACCUUAGUAGCAAGUCCGGUGAAGGACACAAAUCCUCGCCGGCGAUGUCAGGCUCGGUUGCCGCGAGCUCGGGCGAGCCCUCUCCGGCAACAACAACAGUUCCUGGAACGGACUGGCUUCAUGAGGCCCUGCAAGAAUACCACGGCGAGUUAGUGCAAACAGGAAGUCCCGCCGUCCUGUGCUCGGCUCUACCGUCACACUGGCGUUCGAACAAAUCUCUUCCCGUCGCAUUUAAAGUGGUAGCUCUUGAUGACAUAAUGGACGGCACGUUAGUGACUGUUAAAGCCGGUAAUGAUGAAAACUUCUGUGGUGAACUCAGAAACUGUACAGCUGUUAUGAAGAAUCAAGUGGCAAAGUUCAACGACCUGAGAUUCGUCGGCAGAAGUGGAAGAGGGAAGAGCUUCUCGCUGACCAUAGUCAUCAGUUCGACGCCUUUCCAGGUCGCAACGUAUAACAAAGCGAUCAAGGUGACAGUGGAUGGUCCCAGGGAACCCCGCACAAAGUCCAAUUUCCACUACUUACCGGGUCAGCACCCCGGUCUCGUGCCAUUCGCUCUCUUCCCAGCGGCCCAGUGGUUGGACACAGCGGCGUAUAUGGGCUAUCCGUGGCCCGAGUACUUCCGACGGCCCACAACUACGGAACUCUGUAAACUUCCCAGUACGUGCGGCUCCUCAAUCAUCAAAAGUUCCAGUUCGACGCCCGAAUUCUACAGUCUCCAGCAACACCCGCAUAACCCAGCAACUGGAGUCGGGCUAGUUGCCGGGGCUGCAUUUCCCACGGUACCACCCCCAGCACCUCCUCCAGGCUUCCUCCCACCGCUUCUAGGGUACCCACCCGCACCACCCCACCAUCCAGUCUCUUCCUCAGACCCUCUCAUACCUAACGACAAACUUCUGUCGCAGCCCGGGGCCAAACAUGGGCCAGCGUUCGCUUUGGCCACUUCGGUAUCCACGGAAUUUGCCCCAGCCACACUCAGCCUCGCCAUUCCUACCCCACCAACCCCUAAAUUGUCACCUCCUCCCAGAAAAUCGCCGAGUCCCACCCAAAACGCGAGGAUGAGCAGUGAUGACGCCAGUGAUACUGGAGAAGACACGGUGGAUGUGGUGAGAUCGGCCUUCCAGCAAGUGCGGCCCCAAGGAGGAGGGCCCGAGAGGCGGAGAAGCCCGGAACCGCGGCCGGCUACUCUUCUGACGACGUCGUGUUCUAACACCUCCGCGACGCCCACGCCGAUACAGAGCCACAAGGCUGUCUGGAGACCGUACUAGCGAGCAGUCACUCUCCGUCUAACGCAUGCCUUCUGUGGUGACCGCAAUUUAUAUGUGACGCCGCGUACUUUGGUAAAUGGAUACAAAUGUUUCUGAGGAAGGUGCUGCCUCCAUCUUCAGGGAAGACAGGAUUUCGGUCUUUAACCAAAUGUCGUCAUGAUAGCAUAGAGCAGGGUGAGAGAGGAAUGAAAUGAGGAACUCAAAAAGUCGAUCAGAGAACAUAAAGAGAAGAGAAUGUUUGGGAGAUGCGCGUAUAGAUGGGAGGAUACUAAUAAAUUAAUCUUAAAGAAAUAAGAUGUGAAUGCAUGGGUUGGAUUAAGCUGGCUUGAGAUAGAGACCAGUAAUGAACAACUAUGAAAACGGUAAUGAAACUUAAGCUUCCUUGACUAGCUAAGAUACUCUCAGCUCUUCAAGAACAACUGUGCUCCAUGUAAUUUACAUUUCUUUUCCUCCGUUUCCAUGAAAACAUAUAAUUUGCAGUGGCAAAGUAUAAUAAAUUGUUGACUUUAAUUGUCAAGAAAUUACAACAUAGUUCAUUUUCACUUCUGUUAUGAACAGGGCCCGGAUUUUGAUGACAUGUCAUCUUUUUUUUCUUUAUAUCCUACGCAGUGCUCU